CUCUUAACCGAUCAAACAAACCAAAUCCUCCAUUCCUUUCGCCUCUCCUUCCUUUUUUUUCUUUCUUACCCUAAAAAUUUCCCCAACAAUCAAAAAAACCCAAUUCACAGAUAUUCGAAAUGCCUCUCUUUUUCCUUCUCCCUUAAAUGCCUUCCCUCCAUCCCUCCUACCCUCGCCGGCUUUCUUACGCCGGUCCCACCCCUUCUAAUCACUUCUCCUCUUCACCCAUUUUUCUAAUAAUUAUACCAUGACUAUUUUGAACCCUUUUCAGCUUUUAGAGCUUAAUGUUAUCUCUGCUCAGGAUUUAGCUCCGGUCUCUCGUUCUAUGAGAACUUACGCCGUUGCUUGGGUCCAUCCUGAUCGGAAACUCUCUACUCGUGUUGAUACUCAUGGCCAUAACAACCCUACUUGGAAUGACAAGUUUGUGUUUCGUGUUGAUGAUGAAUUCUUGCAUUCCGAUACCUCCGCGGUCAUGAUUGAGAUCUAUGCUCUCCAUUGGUUUAAAGACAUUCAUGUUGGGACGGUUAGGAUUCUUGUUGGGAAUCUCAUCCCUACUCCGCCCCGCCUUCAUCAAUUUAGUCAACAACCACAAGUCGGGAUGCGAUUUGUGGCUUUACAGGUACGGCGGCCGUCGGGUAGACCGCAGGGGAUUUUGAAUAUUGGGGUUGCGCUGCUUCAUAGCUCCAUGAGGAGUAUGCCGUUGUAUUCCCAGUUGAGUACUUCAGCCAUUGGGUACCGGAAUCUCAUGGGGGAGGAGGACCCGUUUGCUAAUCAUCAUAGUAAUACCAAUAAUCAAAGCCAUGGAACUCCCACUGUUCUUACUCGCCCAGAGAUGCGGCGUUCGAAGAGUGAUACGAGUUCUAUGAUAGGAUCAGAGCUUCGAGGGUCGGAAAUGAUGGGAAAAGGAAUGAAAUCGAAAGCGAGUUCUAUGGUGAAUGGGUCGGAGGUUUCGAAGCAAAAGAAAAAGGGAAGAUCCAAAGCUAGUUCGAUGAUUAGUGGGUCGGUUGUGAUUAAAAGGAAAGGAAAAUCGAGGAAGGCGAGUUCGAUGAUUAGUGGGUCGGGGAUUGAAGAAGGUUAUGCUGUUAAAAAUGGAAAGAACGGAAAAUCUAACCCUGGAAUUGUUGGGAAGAAGGAUAAAGUUGAUCAAUCCAGCAUUUUAAGCGGCUCUGAAGUUUACCCAGUUGAGCAACUGUCGAACAAAAAGGAAAAACCAGUACAAAAACUCAAUUCCAGUGAAGAAUCCUUCAAUUCUCAGUCAUGGAAAAAGCCUCCUAAUGAAAUACCCAAUUCGAAAGUUGAGGUGGUCGAUUCUCCGAGAGGAAAACCGGGUCAAGAAACACCCAAUUCCAGGUUUGAUAAAAUGCCUUACGCUACGCCACUCAGAACUCCACAGAGGCUAGCCGGCAGCGGUACUGCUAGAGCAACUCCCAUGCACGAUAAAUUUGCGACACCGAGAAGAUCUACGCCAUUGAAUGGAAAAUCAUCUUACACGAAACACAACGAAUUCACUUAUACAACACCAAGGAAAUCGUUUCUGGGUGGCGCGUUUUUGACCGAAUCGGAGCUCGGUCCGUCGCCGUCGGAGGUAGCAGCACAAAUGGCAAGACAAAAAACCGAGGAUGGAAAUGAAAGCUCGAUUGUGGGUGGGUUGAGUCUGAACGAUAGCGUGGAAGGUUUACAGUCAAAGCUGGAGCGGUGGCGAACAGAGCUCCCGCCAGUUUAUGAUCGCGGCGAGUUAUCUAGCUUUCCAUCUAGUGAAACCCGAGAACACAACCGCCGUCACAGUGACGGAGGCGGUUUAUUUUCCUGUUUCAGCAACAUUUGCGGGUGCGAAUGCUCCAUUGUGUGCGGUGGAUCGCCAAAGGCAACGAAGAAAUCCGCGAGCGGUCGUCUGGUUCGGAGCCCGUCUGUCGACCAAGUGAGUUUCCUGUAAAAGCGUGAAGAAAGCAAAUAGUUUCAGGUCGGGUUGGACCCACAGAACGGAACCGAACUGAGUUAAACCAAACCAAACCGUUUUGAUAUCUUAAAAGAGACGUUUGACCCCUAACAGGAUAAGAGGAAGCACAAUUUAGAGAAACAGCCACCCAAUGUCAGUCAUCUCAAUCUACCAUUUCUCAUUCUUUCUCCUUCAUUUGUUUUGGAUUUUUCCUUUUUUUUUUUUUUAAUCCUUAAAUUUCUAAUAAUUCUUUAUAUAUAUAUAUUAAAAAAAAAAAAACUUUAAAUCUGAAACAAAAGGGAAAGGAAAUUCUCACUUCAUUUUCUAUAAAUGUAAUUGGAUUGAUCUGUCAAAUAUUCUUUUGUUUCUUCUUAAUAGAACCCUCAUUUGUUCAUGUCUCUCA